AUGCCAAGCAAGGACUGCUCGAUGCCUUCUUGGACAUCACCUAUACGAUCCAAUCUGAGCCAGUCCAAACCGGACAACGCAUGGGCCCAAGAGAUCGCUGAGAAGAUCCGUUCACUUAGUCUAGACGAUAUACCAGUCUGCUCGCAAGACGCCUUUCAAGGCUUGUCCACGGAAGCCAAGGAAGCAACAAUCCUGAUUGCUGCAAUCACGGCAACCUGGCGUCGUGACAGACUCGAUGAGUUUGGCCCUCUUCGUGGCUGGCGAGAUGAAAUGUACACAGUCUUUGCAAAGCGAGGCACACCCGCUUUGAUGCUUGAGCGUGCUGCAUGUGGCCUAUUCGGAGUCGUGACUUAUGGUGCGCAUCUCAAUGCUUACGUCUUGCCAGAUCCAAGCCUUCUACCACCGAAACCGUCCCUAGAGGCUAUCAAAGCUCAUCGUCUACGCACACGAGUCUGGUGUCCACGUCGCGCAAUGAACAAGGCCACAUAUCCUGGCAUGCUAGACAACACUGUCGCCGGCGGCAUCUCGAAUGGUCUGUCGCCAUUCGAAACGAUUGUUAAGGAGGCAGAUGAAGAAGCCUCGAUCCCAGAAAUUGUGGCACGGACUCAGAUUCUUCCAGUUGGCGUCAUCAGCUACCUCUACGCCGAUGGAGAGGUAGAGGAUCGCGCAGGGUAUAUUCAGCCCGAAGUGCAGUACUGUUUCGAUAUUGAGGUGGCGGAUCCCCGCGAAGCAGGGGCCAUCAUACCACGGCCCAACGAUGGCGAGUCAGAGGCAUUCGAACUGCUGGACUGCAACGAGAUUCUUGCCAUCAUCAAGCAAGGCAAGUUCAAGCCAAACUGUGCUUUGGUCUUGAUCGAUUUCAUGAUUCGACGAGGCAUUCUCACUGAAGAGGACGAGCCCGCCUAUAUCGAGCUGUUGGAACGGCUCCAUAGACGACUUCCAUUUCCUACACGCUAG